AUGUUGGCAGCGAGACGAACAGUACAAGUAGACUUUGACGGCCAGCACUAUCAUGAUGAAGUGGACGUUGGCUGCACGCUACGCCUGGUGGAUAAGGCUGCAAUGCGUGGUGAUAGCGAGGAGGAUUCAGAAUAUUACGACGAUGAGGAGUAUUCCGAUGAAGAAUACUGGGACGAGGACGAGGAGUAUGACGAAGAAGGUGAAUAUGAAGGAGAACAAGAGUAUGAAGGGGAAGAAGAAGAAGAGGAAGAGGAUGAGAUGCAUAGUUUCGAGGAAAGUGCUGAUGAGAGCAGAAAAUCACCAUAUCCAAUAGUUAUCGCAGAACCAGAAAUCGAAGAGGAGUGUUUGAGCCUUGAGGAAGCAGACGCUGAGUUUGAGUAUUCCGAUGAAGAAUACUGGGACGAGGACGAGGAAUAUGACGAAGAAGGAGAAUAUGAAGGAGAAGAAGAGAAUGAAGGCGAAGAAGAAGAAGAGGAAGAGGAUGAGAUGCAUAGUUUUGAGGAAAGUGCUGACGAGAGCAGAAAAUCACCAUAUCCAAUAGUUAUCGCCGAACCAGAAAUCGAAGAGGAGUGUUUGAGCCUUGAGGAAGCAGACGAUGAGUUUGAGGUAACAAGGGUGCCAUAGAA